AGCGCUCGUUCUUCUUAGCCUCUUCUCUUCUCUUUCGUCCUCGGCGUCUUCCGCUUCUCAAUCCAAACCUAGACCCCAAUAUGGUUGGACCCUCCCAACCUCCUAAGUCCACCCUCAAGUUCCUCUGUAGCUACGGCGGCAAAAUCCUUCCCCGCUAUCCCGACGGCAAGCUCCGUUAUAUCGGUGGCCAUACGCGUGUCCUCUCCGUCGACCGCUCUAUUCCCUUUUCCGAGCUGUUGGUGAAGUUGGGAGAGCUCUGUGGCUCGGCAACUGUGAUACUUCGCUGUCAAUUUCCCACCGAAGAUCUCGAUGCUUUGGUAUCCAUCAGCUCCGACGAGGAUCUGGCGAAUCUUAUCGAGGAAUACGAUCUUGUUGCGCCGCCUUCGUCUUUAAAGAUUAGAGCGUUCCUUUCGCCGCCGAAAUCGUUCCAGAAAAAAACUUCUAUUCCGUCCUCCUCGUCUAUGUUAAAAUCAUCAUCAUCUUCAUCAACAUCGUCGCCGUCGUCGUCGCCUCACAAUUCUACUGCUGGUAGUUGUGGAUGUUCUACUUGUGGCUGUAGUCCUAGGUAUUCGGUGUUGGUGACGCCGGUCGUCGAGCGAUGUGUACAUCAGAUGUUGGCGCCGAUGGCGUAUGACAUGAGAAAAUCUGCUGGGAGGAAUAUUCCUCUUCCUCAAUAUGCUUACCCGAUGCAGGGUAACCCACGCCACAUUAGCGUUGUGCACAGCGGGAACCACUGGCAAUAGAGCCAGAGUGAUCUGAAUCAUGGAUAUGAUGGGAACUGUUUGGAAUCUAACAGAAGCAAGACGAGCUUAAAAUAUUAUAAUUAUAAUUAAAACAUCGUAAGAUAAAGUUGGGAUCUAUGAUGUAAAAGGGACUGUAAAUCUUUAAGACGGCUUGUCCUCCUAGCUUGUGUUCCUUGGCCAUUACAUUAAUUUCAGUCCUAUUACAUUUUUUGGGUGUCAAACUUGCGAUGGUGAGUUCGUUUCGUUCUGUUUUGCUAGCGCCUAUGGUUGCCUUUCCUUCUGGAAAUUCCAUAUAGAAACUAUUCUUUUCCUCCGAUCACCCUUCAAAGUCUUGUUCCUGUUAUCUUGCCUCCUUCCUCGCUACGGUUGUCACUGUGUCCUGCUAUUUUUGAUUUCGUAAUCCUUUUGCUUUUCAUCCGUCGUCAGUUUAAUUGCAAUUUCUUCCCCAAUUUUUUUUUUUGGGACCAGUGUCCCAGUUUGAUUAAUUGUUUGAUUGUUUGUGUGCAGGUUGAAUGAUUAGAAUGAGGCGGCUCAAUAAGGAAGCUGCAACGAAUAAUCCCUGCUGGUCACUGAUUGCAUUUGACAAGCUGUGCGACUGUAAGUUUCGACAGGACUACAAUUUUGUUGGGAUCUGUCUUCUCUAUCUAUGGAUCUCUCUUAUACUGUUGCAGAGACUGGCUGCAUCAUGUUCUAUGGUCCAUUCGUUUGUUUUUUUAAAUUAAAAGUGAAUUAUUUCUUCCGAUUAUUGACCAUUUUAAAGACAAUAGCUUGUCAUUGGUCAUAUAAAGAACUGUCCUUUACCCUUAUUUUCCUCUGAAGACCAGGAGGCAAUCUUUAAGGAAGUAUCUGUGUUACUAUUACAGAUAUCCUUUACCCUUA